CACCGCCAAAACAAACAUGACUAGCCCCAGACAUUCGUCGAUCGAAAUCCAAGAAGCUUCAAACCAAUGGCAUCUCUCCCGCGCCUGGCCGCAGCCACUAGCUCCACGGUCAUUCGCUUGUUUGGCUUCAUUUUUCUCAGAUGGAUCCCUGGCCAUCACUUUGUACCCAUUAUCUUUACCUCGCUGGCAGUGUAUUUGGCAUCCCUUGUCUCGCUGGGCAAAGAUGACCCGCUAUCCUUCAAUCGCGCUAAGAAGAAUCAAAAGAGCUCCCAAAGCACUCGAGGAUCCAAAGUUGUCGAGUCCGGCGAUUCCGUGCUCAAGACCCUCUUGACAGGGCUUCCUUCCAGGCGGUCGCGACUCUCAACCUGGACAACGGCUCUGAUCAACAUCGCCGUGGCGUUGCUAACGCUCGACUUUCUGGUCCGAGGCUUGGUUCUGUAUCCAAGCACUAAUGUGUCAUUCUCCCGAAUUGGUCACGUCUCGCCAACCACGGCCAAACUGCUCCUUCGCGAACCGGACCAGAGUCAAUUGCCCGUGGUGAUCUCUUAUCAAGAGGCUACUGUACCCUCCCAGAAAUGGACUCAAGAAGGGACGGUAUACAAGCUGGACAACAGCACCGAUUUUACCGCCGCCGUCACACUGGGCAAUUUGAAACCCUCCACUGAGUACCGGUACUUGCUAUCCAACAACAAAACCGGCAGCUUUAUCACCGCGCCGCGGCCUGGUUCCCCCUCGGCGAACAGGCUAUCCUUUGUCACAUCAAGCUGCAUAAAGCCAAACUUCCCAUACAACGUCCUUUCGCACCCAUUAAGGAUUCCCGGUAUUGAGCAGAUGACGGAGGCACUUGGAAAGUUGCCCGCAAUCCUGCGACCAGCUUUUAUGCUGUUCCUGGGUGACUUUGUGUAUAUUGACGUACCCUUCCGAUUUGGCUCUUCCAUGGAUCACUAUCGCAGCGAAUAUCGCCGGAUAUACUCCUCGCCCUCCUGGGCUGCUAGCUCAGUCGAUGGCCCUGCCAUCAUUCUCCCUUGGAUUCAUACUCUAGACGACCAUGAAAUUGAAAACGACUGGUCGCAGGGUAACACGACGGCACCGUACCCAGCAGCUGCAGAUCCAUUCUUGCACUAUCAUGUCGCGGCCAACCCUCCCGUCCCGGAGAAAGCGUUCGCUCAUCCUGACAAUGUAACUUAUUUCUCCUUUGUGAACGGGCCCGCCUCAUUCUUCAUGCUCGAUACCCGAACCUAUCGCUCCGAGCCAUCGCAGGACAACUCUACUAUCCUCGGGUCUGCACAACUCCAAUCACUCCUGGCAUACCUAUCCACCCCCGAGCCAAGCGGGGUUCAUUGGAAAAUCAUCAGCUCCAGCGUCCCCUUCACCAAAAACUGGCAUAUCGGCACGACGGAUACAUGGGGCGGCUUCCUGAACGAGCGUCAAAAGGUCUUCGAAGCGAUGUGGCGCACCGAGCAAGAACUCGGCAUCCGCGUUGUUCUUUUAAGCGGCGACAGACACGAAUUCGGCACCACCCGCUUCCCGGAUCCUAGUCUACAGCUACCCGCGUCUGAAUUGCAGUCUGACACUGCGGGCCUAGGCAUCCAUGAAUUCAGCGUUGGGCCGCUAAGCAUGUUCUACCUUCCCGUUCGCUCGUAUUAUCAGACAGACGACGAAGAUGUCUCUGUGAAGUACGCACCGGACGGGAAUAGUAAAUUCGGAUUGCUUGAAAUCGCUGAUGGUAUUGAUGACGUUGAUCCUACUGCAUCUGCUCCCGUGCCUGUGAGAAGCUCGAUUCUCACGUAUUCGCUGUAUGUGGAUGGUGAGGCUGUUUGGAAGUAUCAGCUCAGUGUUCCGUUGGGACCGAAUGCCGGUACUCAAGCGACCCACGACUCUGGUGAGAAAGCUCGUCUCCCACCUGGACGGAUCUUGGAGGAUAAGCUUGUCAACAAGGGCUGGGAUAUCGCGUUCAAGACUGCUAUCGGUAGCAUGGAGGAGCUGGCACGUUCUUGCUUUGAUUUAGCCGUUGCGGGUUAUUAUACCCUUUUGGACAGAUUUCAGGCUCUGGAGAGACUUGAUUAGAUAUUGCUCACAGAAAGUCAAAAGAGCCCAGGUUCAAACGUUAGUCUUUGGCUGAUCAUAGCAACUCGUAUUUUAUAGCUGGAUCGCGUGGCAGAGUUAUGAUUUCAAGAACGGAAGGAUUAUUCGUACAAGUUGUCAUCAAUAGUGCAUAUCAACUGAUUUAAAACAUUCUAGACCUACUCAUAGAGACAAGUGUCAUAAUGUCCAGGCCAUAUAGAAUGUACGAUAUCUUCAAAACACCAAACGCCAGCCAUGCAAAGUCGAUGAACCGUCAAUGGGUAUCGGGGAAAACAGAGAGGGGACGAACCACGGCAAGUUUUCGCAAAACUACCGUCCACGGCCACGUCCACCACCGCCACCUCCCAUGCCUCCCAUUCCACCCAUUCCACCCAUCAACCCGCCCAUUUGGCUCAUCAUACUUUGCAGGUCCAUUCCUCCGAGACCCGGCAUACCACCACCACCCUGGCCGCCACCCAUCAUCUGCAUCAUCUUGGCCAUAUCACCCAUACCGGGCAUGCCACCCAUUCCACCGGCACCACCCAUAGCGGCCAUACGCUUCUGCAUAGCGGCGAGCUGUUGUUGGUUGUUGCCGCCCUUGAGCAUGUUCUGUGCGCGCUGCAUCUGCUUCUUCUGACCACCGACCCGCUUGGCCAUACCGGCCAUCAUGCGGUGCUGGGAGAGAAGGUCUUCAACUUCGCGAACGGUGGUACCACUACCGUGGGCAAUGCGAACCAUCCGGCUAGGCUGGUCAACAAAGGUCUUGCCGUCGCUGUCCAACUCGGCAGCGGUCAUACUGUCAAAGAUAUAGAUCAUGCGACGGAGCUUCAUGGAACCGUCCUCAUCGUCCAGACCUUGGGUUAGGUUGGAAAGGCCGGGAAUCAUGCCAGACAACUUAGACAGAGGGCCCAUCUUCAUAAUGGAAGUGAUGUUCUCGCGGAAAUCGCGAAUAGUAUAGAUACCCUCGGCGAUGUGCUUGUAGGUCUCCUUGGCGGAGCUGGAGUCCUUGGUAAUGGCUUGUACGUGCUCGACAAGACUGGCGACGUCGCCCAUACCUAGCAGCUUCUGCACGAAUGCGCGGGGCUCGAAUCGUUCCAAAUCCAUCAUGUGCUCACCGGUACCGAGGAAAAUGAUAGGGGUGUGCGUAGCAGCAACGGCGGAGAUGGCACCACCACCGGCGGCGUGACCGUCGGUCUUGGUGAUGAUAAUGGCACCAAAGUCGGCAGUGGCCUUGAAAGCGGCCGACUGGGACUCGGCAGCCUGGCCGAUGGUACCGUCAAGAACCAGGAUAGUCUGGUCGGGAGUAACGGCAUUCUGAAUCUGGGUCAUCUCGGUAAACAGCUCCUCCUCCUGACGGUGACGACCACUAGUAUCCACAAUGAUAAUAUCGAAACGCUCCUUCUUAAACUUGGCCACACCCUCUGCUGCCACAAUAGCAGGAUCGGUCUGGGUCAAGCUACCAUAGUAUGGAAUCUUGGCCUUGGUGGCAUUCUGCUUGAGCUGGUCAAAGGCACCGGCACGGAAGGUAUCCGCGCAGACCAACGCCGUCUUGAAGCCACGGGUCUGGUAGUGGCGAGCCAACUUGGUACAGGUAGUAGUCUUACCCGCACCCUGAAGACCGACGAACAUAAUCACAUUGGGGCGACCCUUCUUGGGGCGGAAGGGUUGCGCAUGAGGAUCGACCAAUGCCACCAGCUCAUCGAAGACGGUCUUCUGGAUCAGACGUUUCUUGUUGACGGCGGCGGGGAGGGAGGAGAAGUUGACACUAGCUUUGAUGGAUUUGCGAAGGGUCUGGACGAGGCGAACGUUCACAUCGGCGGAGAGAAGGGCAGCACAGAUCUCUUUGAGCAUGUCAUCGAAUGCCUGGUCUGGUUAGCAUAGUUCGCGGCCACGGUGAAGCAAGAGAGUAUUACGCACCUUCUCAUCGAGGUUGUUAGACCUCGUGAGGUCAUUGACGGCGGAGUUGAUACGCCGCCCAAGAUCCUGAAGAACCAUGAUGGAUGGUUGAGGGGGGGAAGACUGAAGUUGAGUUGAAUUGACAGCGAUUCCUGGGGAUUCCCAAACGGAAGACCACAAGUGGAG